AUGACGACCACCACGAAAACAGUCGGCUAUACAACCUUUACCAAGAUCUUAGAGUCCCUGUACAAACUUCCCACAUCUCCUGAAUACCUCUAUCAAGAGGAAUCCAUCGCUCAACGACAUUCAUGGGGCGAAAACCUGAUAUACUACACUGGCAUUGGUUACCUCAGCGGCGUAGUAGUUGACGCCGGGAAGGGUUUAGUAGAGGCGACCAGAGCGCUAUACAAGGUGGCGGCGGGCCCUUGGUCGGCGGCUGUUGUCGGAGCUAUUGGUGGAAUAGUGGUGGGAUUAGCUGUUGUGGAGGAGCCACCGGUGGUGGCAAGUGAAGUUGAAGCAUCUAAGGAUAAUAGUGAACUGAAAGUUGAGCCAGUGAUGAAGGAGGCCAACGGUUGGACUUUAAAUGUAAAAAUUAAAGUGGAAAAGGAUCCAACUCUCAGUGCAAUAGCAGGAUCGAAGACGAACAUAAGCUCUUAUUUGAAUGCUGAGAUCGUUCCUGGUGUAUAUUCUAAUGAAAAACCACCAUUUGUGGUGGAACUUGAUGGAUCUCUUCCUUUCUACAUGCUGGAUGCAUAUGAGGAGUUUUUUGGUUCUAAUGCUCGCAAUAUCAUUCUAUUUGGGAAGGUCAAAGUAGGAAGUACUUAUCACAGCUGUUUUGUGGUGGUGAAGAAUAUGCAAAGAUUCAUGUAUGCUAUCCCAAAUGGCCCUGUAUUUGAAGACUCUGUUAUUAUGAAGCUUUUCACACCAAGCUUCAUGUACACAAAACAUACUUCUCGUGUCUCCGGAGUAUUUGAAAGUGCCUGA